UUAUCAUAUUAAAAUCAGUUUACUAACUUAUUACUGUAUCGUUUUAUUUCAAUCUAAACUUCUGCAGUGUCCAUUGAAGUGUAUGGAAACAUAAAGCUUUUAGAUCUUUUCGGUAUGGAUGUAGCGAUUGCCGCAAUAGAGGACAGCUCGGCUGACUUUUACGGAUUUUGUAGGAGUGCUAUACAAGCUAAGUUCUUUGAUCAUGGCAGAUCCAAAACUGGAAUGAGCUUAUGGGUAAAGCCUUCUCCUGGGAGGAAAGAGGCCGUGGAAAAACUUUUUGAUACGUUGGAGAAAAAUGACAAAGUACAGUUUGAGAAUUUCGUUGUGAAUAUAUUAGAAAAUUCGUUCACCUCAACAUAUUUGGAACCACAAAAACCGAUUCCAAAAUAUGUUGAUAACCAUUGCUUUGGGUGUGCCGACAAAGAGGUCUGGUGCAUAUUGUCCAACAAAUCAUUGUGUCUUUCGAAAUUUGAUUGCCUAGAAAAGCAAGCGUUGCCUACGAAAUUUGCGAUUGAUACAGAAAUAGUUCGUGUCAGCAUUUUGAUGUUAAGCGAUAAAGAUUUUGUCACUGUAACAGAGGACUUUAAAAAUGUGAUGAGACAGCAAAUAGCAGACCAGCUGUUUUGUUCAAAGGAAUUAUUGACAAAAGUUAAUAUGGUUGAAUCAGAAGAUGGAAAAUUUGAGUUAGGAUUUGACAUUACCCUCCGUGAUGACAACACAGAGCUCAAGAAACUAGUUAUUUUGCUUCAACGCAUCGUCGACCUAGAGCAACUGGAAAUCAUAACAACAGAAGCGUACUUUAUAGCUGUCUCAGAAAGUCUUAUGUUUCAACAGUUUAUCUCCGGCUACCCGAAACCAAGGAAGGACGAAGGCGUUUCUUCGUACUUUUGGAAUGCAGUAGUAGGCGGAAGCUUUUUCGCUUUACUGAUUCUGGUCUUUACACUCUUGGUCAAGGCUGGAAGGAAACUGCACAAUAGACCUGUAUAUCAAACACCAGACGUCAAUGCAGAGAAUCAUAAGACUGUUGAAAAAGCUUCAAAAAGGCGACCAGAGAUUCAAAGCUUUUUAAAAAGAAAAUAGUGGAAAAUUAUAUACGCUUUCAAGUUUUGUAGCCACAUCUUUUGAUCCGUCCGUUUUCAUAGGACUAACAACGGAAGCAUCACAGAAUCUCACACAUGGGUAGUCAUCACACAAUCAGAUAGGAAAGGGUAUAAAACAGCCCUUAUUUGCAGUUAUGCAAAUUUUCUUAUCAAUUCCUUUGGUUUAAAUAUAGUAAUCUAUUCAAACAUUGCGUCGAGGAUCGAUAGAUUUCGAUUGCAUCUUGCUGUUCAAUGAAAAUAUCAGCAAAAUAAUCCGUAUGAAUAUUUGAAAAUGAAAAAAACAACUUAUAUGGAAAUCUUAAAUUCCGGUCUUAGUGAUUUUGUCUGGUAAAAUGAACAGCCGUUUUUAAUUCAUAUGUUAAAAUAGACUGCAAAUCUUUUGGUCGGAAAUGAAACUAGUUUUAUCCUGUAGUCGUUACUAUAUUCGUCUUGGUUGUAAAAUAGCUUUUAGUGAAAUUAUACGUAACUUAUUUUGUAUAUCGUACAUCUCCAUUUGUUUCUCUUGAAUAUUAUGAAGAAAAUGCUUAUCUUUAUCAUAGUUUUGCCUCAUACAUGGCACAGAUAUGAACUGAACAUAAAUUUUGAAAACUUUAUUGUCUGUGGAAUUUUCAUGUGAUAUUUUUAAAAGUACUUAUAAAAGUUGACUUUCGAUUCUUUGGCUAUUUAUGACAGCAGAGUAUCAUGUUUGAAAAGUCAUAGAUUCCCUUUUUAGAGUAUAUCAUUCCCGCGGAAUUUGAAUAUUCGAAUAAUUGGUUCCACACGAAACACGCGCGGGGACCAAGGGUGUUAAGCUUUUAAAUAUGAAAAAUUGAACGGGUGCAUAUAUUAGAUAAUUGUGAAGCGAUUCCUUUGAAAAUAUCAUUAUCAUGAUCUACGAUGGUAAAUUAAAUUAUAAAAACAACGGCCUAUUGCGAAAGAAUCCGAAGUACAAAUUUAACAUUUAAAAAUGAGUUAUCGUGAAAUAGUGAAUAUUUCCAAAUGUACUUAUUAUUAAAAUACGGAAAAAUAUUUCAAAUAGAAUUUCUAGCAAUAAAAUAUUGCUUUUAUCUGAUAUAGUUUAAAUUCAUCAUUAAAAAAUUGUAGUAAAUGUUGUUUUUUGUCCACGUCUUUCCCUCAUGUUUGUACAUUUUGGUUCAUUUCGAAAGUUACUUAACUUUUAACAAUCGUACAAUUGUUUUUCUAUUUUCUUUGCUGGCCUCACCUCACUUUUCAUCACAUUUAUCUAAAUUGUGUAUCUUUAUAUACCACGUGAAAAAAGAGCAGAAAAUGAUUAACGAAUAUUUUUGAUUUCAUCAGAUUUAUAUUCUUGAUACCGGAAGUUAGGCCUACAGCUUUGUAUCUAAAUUGAAACGGCUACAGUCAUAUUUCUUUGAAUUCAUCUUAUUGUGUAUAUUAUCUAACACUUAAAACAAUGUUGAUGUUAUAUGAAUAAAUGUUCUAUUGUGUCU